AGUUGGAUCACAUUCCUGCCAACGACGGCAACAUAUUUUUAAGUCGACAAGGACCGCAAUUAUUAACUGUGCAGGCAUUGUACAUAGGGCAUAAUGUUGCCCCACUGGAAGCGGCUGCUGUUCGCCGCUGUGAUUGCUGGAGCGUUGGUUUCUGCAAACGCUCAAUUCUGGAAGAACCCUGGAGCCACUGGCUCAAUUCAAGAAUCAGUCCGACACCAAAGCAGGGAAGAACCAAGAAACACGUUUUCGAUUGACGAUAGCUACGAUAUUGUAGAUUCGGUCAGCAUACAGCGUGGUGGGCCACCACCUAAGAACUGCACUGGUGCAUUUGCCGGAUGUAUGCCCAAAUGCAUUGCUGAAAAAGGUAACCGUGGUCUACCUGGCCCCGAGGGCCCGACCGGACCCAAGGGUAUUAUGGGAUAUGCUGGCCCGGAGGGACCACUUGGUGAUAAGGGUCAGAAGGGCGAUCCUGGACCAUUUGGCGCACGCGGUGAUAAGGGCGAGCGGGGAUCACGAGGUAUACCCGGCUUGCCAGGCGUAGCUGGUAUUCAAGGUCCUGCCGGUAAUGCAGGCUUUCCCGGAACUCCUGGUAAGGAUGGCUGCGACGGUACAGAUGGUCUACCCGGCUUGCAAGGUCUUUCUGGCAUGGCUGGUCCACGCGGUUACCCAGGCGGACAAGGUCUUAAGGGUGAAAAAGGUGAACCAGCUAAGGAGAAUGGGGAUUAUGCCAAGGGUGAGAAGGGUGAGCCCGGCUUUGCCGGACGUUCUGGUUUCCCCGGACCCGAAGGAGAACGCGGCGCAAAGGGCGAGCGCGGUGACACCGGUCCAUAUGGGCCAAAAGGACCUCGAGGAGAUCGCGGUAUCAAGGGUGAGAAGGGCGCAGCUUGUUUUGCUACUGCUAUGCCUGGAGAAAAGGGAGAUAAGGGUGAGAAGGGAGAUCCGGCCAUUAAACUUCCCGUACAAGGCGUAGUCACAGAAUUAGGUCAACGUGGUGAUACUGGCCAAAAGGGUGAAGUUGGGCCUAUGGGAGAAAAGGGCGGCUGGGGACCAGCCGGGGAACCUGGACAUGAUGGACAAAAGGGCGAGAAAGGGUUGCCUGGCGGUGCUGGCGAUAGAGGUCGUCAAGGUAACUUUGGCCCCCCAGGACCUGCUGGACAAAAGGGAGAUCGUGGUGAAACCGGUCUGCAUGGAUUCCCUGGACAACCUGGCCUGAAAGGUGAACCCGGACGACCUGGAAAAUUUGGAGAGAGAGGCUUACAGGGUCCACCGGGUCCUCCUGGUGGUGGCCGUGGGCAACCCGGUGCUCCAGGACCAAAGGGACCCCGUGGGUAUACUGGGAAGCCAGGUGUCCAGGGCUUGAACGGUAUGGACGGUGCACCAGGACCUCAAGGCUAUGUUGGAUCUAAGGGAGGUCCUGGGUUGCCGGGUCAUGCCGGUAAUGAGGGUCCUGCCGGGCAAAAGGGCGACAAGGGUAACGCUGGACGCUUAGGGCCCCAGGGUCCUCUAGGUCCUAUUGGCCACAACGGUCCUCCAGGACCUGAAGGACAAAAAGGUGAACCAGGAACUCCAGGCUACGGCUUUCAGGGUCCCAAAGGAGAUGAUGGACAAAAUGGACAACCUGGCCUGAAGGGCGCCAAGGGUGAGCGCGGUUAUAAGGGCAAUGCUGGUGUUCCCGGCGAUUCGAAAUUAGGCAGACCUGGUACACCUGGCCCGGCAGGUAGUCCUGGACCUGUAGGCGAUGCUGGUCGUUCAGGAAUUCCCGGAGAUAAGGGUGACAUGGGACCAAAAGGUGAUGCUGGUGGUAAAUGUACUUCCUGCCCUCCUGGACUUAAGGGAGAUAAGGGCGAGCGUGGCCUUGAUGGCACUCCCGGUAGUCCCGGCGCAAGAGGUCCUGACGGUGAGCGAGGAUACCCUGGAGAACGUGGUGAUGACGGUAUCAUUGGACAAACGGGUCCCCCUGGCGAUAACGGAGUCGAUGGACAGCCUGGUGCUCCAGGAGCUACUGGUAAACGUGGCCAAUCCGCAUUUGUUGACUUGAGUCAAAUUAAGCCAGAGAAGGGACCAAAGGGAGAACGCGGAAAAACUGGUCCUGCUGGAGUCAAGGGUGAACGUGGAGAUAGUGGAGUUCCCGGCUACCCAGGCGCUAAAGGAGAAAUUGGAGCGAAGGGAGAGAAAGGUUACAUUGGACAGCCUGGAAUAGAUGGUACAGCUGGUAGUCCUGGACGCGACGGUGCCGAUGGAUUCCCCGGACAAAGCAUUAAAGGAGAGCCAGGUAGACCUGGGUUUGACGGUUUCAAAGGUGACAAAGGAACGUCCGGAUACGUUGGACCAAAGGGUGAGCCAGGCACAUGCGCUGCCAGCGAACUUAAAGUUCCCUUGAAGGGUAGCAAAGGAAACCAGGGUCCCACUGGAAUGCCUGGCCCUGAUGGACCAAUGGGCCAAAAGGGCGACCUGGGUAAGACAGGAGAAACGGGAGACACUGGUCCUCAGGGUCCUCCAGGAAAGGUUGGACCUCGUGGCAUGAAUGGCCCUCGUGGUGAGAAGGGUAAUCCCGGACAGUUCGGUGCCCCGGGUAAUGAUGGCAAAGAUGGACUACGCGGCCCACCUGGUCGUUUUGGUGAACGGGGACAAAAGGGAGAACAAGGACCUACUGUUGCUGGUCCACCUGGACCCCAAGGUCCUGAUGGUUUAAUUGGAGAGAAAGGAGAUCGUGGUUCAGUUGGAGCACCUGGUUUGCUUGGACCUGACGGCAAUCCUGGCUAUCCUGGAGAUAAAGGUGAUGCUGGCUUCCCCGGGCAACCUGGUGCUACUGGCUCUGUCGGGGAAAAGGGAGAACCAGGUCCCAUCGGGCCUGAAGGACGUGCUGGCCCUCCGGGUACUCCCGGUAUCGAUGGUGUUCAAGGUCGUGAUGGUGCCAAGGGUGAGCCAGGUAGUACUGGCUUAGUUGGUAUGCCUGGCAACAAAGGUGAACGUGGUGCUGUCGGAAACGACGGGCCCAAGGGAUUCACUGGUCCAUAUGGUGCUCCAGGCAAACGCGGCCCUCCUGGCCCUUCUGGAUUGCAUGGAUCGAAGGGAGACAAGGGAGCACGCGGAUUAUCAGGAAACGAUGGUCCGACCGGUCCCCGAGGUCCAACGGGCCCACCAGGACUUAUGGGUGUUAAGGGUGAUGUGGGUCCACAGGGUCUUCCCGGACAAGAUGGAUUAGAUGGACAGCCUGGUGAGAAGGGUAAUCAAGGUUUGCCUGGCUUUGAUGGACUUCAGGGAGAGCCUGGAGAUGCUUCUGAAAAGGGACAGAAGGGUGAGCAUGGUACGCCAGGUAUUCGUGGGGAGGCUGGGCAACCUGGAAGGCCAGGCCCAGUUGGUGACAAGGGCAUGCCUGGCCUUGCUGUGCACGGAUUCCCAGGCUUACCGGGCGAGAAGGGUGAUGCCGGACACGAUGGACAACAUGGACAAGAUGGGUUGCCUGGAGACAAAGGAGACCGUGGCUUCCCUGGCCCAACUGGACCAAAGGGCGACAAAGGACUAGCUGGACAGCCUGGGACCCCAGGUACUCCUGGACUUGACGGUUUGCCUGGAAUACAAGGCAAUCCUGGACCCGUCGGCUAUCCAGGUCCUAAAGGCUUUAAGGGCGAGCGUGGCCAAGCUGGAGAAAACGGUUUGAAGGGAGAUAUGGGUCUUGCCGGUCGACCAGGAUACAGAGGAGCUCCUGGAAUCAAGGGUGAUAAGGGCGAGAAAGGUCUUCAAGGACCCUCUGCUGUCGUUGAUGCAGUAAAAGGUGACAAGGGUCUUCCCGGUUUGAAUGGCAUGCCUGGACAGCCAGGACAGAAGGGAAACAAGGGCGAGGCAGGUCAAAUCGGUUUCUCUGGCGAGAAAGGUGAUCGAGGUCUUACCGGACCACAUGGCAUCCCUGGUUUGCCUGGACUACAGGGAGACAAGGGAGAUAUUGGUUUACGUGGUGAAACUGGCUACCCUGGACCUGUCAUCAAGGGAGAAAAGGGUUUGCCAGGUCGUGCUGGCAAAAACGGACGUGAAGGUCCUCCUGGAGCGCCUGGCUUGAAGGGCGAUCGUGGCUUAGCUGGCUUACCUGGUAAUGCUGGUCUUGUUGGAUUGCCCGGUCCAAUCGGACCCAUGGGUGCUAAGGGAGAUCGGGGUUUAACUGGAGCACCUGGACUCGAUGGAACCGACGGCUUGAAUGGAGUUCAAGGAAUUAAGGGAGACACUGGUUAUCCUGGACCAAAAGGCGAGCGCGGCUUAGCUGGCUUCGAAGGACAAAAGGGAGAAAAAGGAGAACAAGGUCUUUCCGGACCCCCGGGCUUGAGUGGCUUGCCUGGUUUGAAGGGAGAUAUUGGUCAACCUGGCAUAGAUGGACAUCCAGGUCCAGUUGGUGCACCUGGCGAAAAAGGCUUCACCGGCCCUAAGGGCAGUGACGGUCGUGACGGUCUUCCCGGUCAGCGUGGUCAAAAGGGAGAACCUGGUUUGGUACCACCACCCGGACCCAAGGGUGAGCCUGGACACCCAGGUCGCGAUGGACAAAAGGGAGACAUGGGACAGCCUGGUGAACGCGGUCUGAUUGGCAUCCAAGGCGAACGCGGUGAAAAAGGUGAACGUGGUGCUAUUGGUAUGACUGGUGCGGUCGGUCGUCCAGGUAUCAAGGGCGAGCGCGGAGAACAAGGCUUUACAGGAGCAGAAGGCGCUGUCGGUGCCAUUGGUUAUAAGGGGGAGCCUGGUCUACCCUGCACUUCUGCCCAGGACUACCUAACUGGCAUCUUAGUGACGCGUCAUAGUCAAAACGACCAGGUACCACAAUGCGCUCCUGGCCAUGUCGAACUCUGGACUGGCUACUCGCUGCUCUAUGUCGAUGGCAAUGAUUAUGCUCACAAUCAAGAUCUUGGCUCGCCCGGCUCCUGUGUGCCACGUUUCUCAACACUGCCAGUGAUGUCCUGCGGACAGAACAACGUAUGCAACUAUGCUUCGCGCAAUGACAAAAGCUUCUGGCUAUCCACAUCGGCUUCCAUACCGAUGAUGCCGGUAGAAAGUCAAGAGAUCAGUAAAUACAUUUCCCGUUGCGUCGUCUGUGAGGCACCAGCAAAUGUGAUUGCGGUUCACAGUCAAUCCUUAAGGAUACCCACCUGCCCCAAUGGCUGGGAAGGCCUAUGGAUCGGCUACAGUUUCCUCAUGCACACGGCCGUUGGUAAUGGAGGCGGUGGUCAGGCGCUGCAAUCGCCGGGCUCCUGCUUGGAGGACUUCCGUGCCACACCGUUUAUUGAGUGCAACGGCGCUAAGGGACACUGCCACUUCUAUGAGACGAUGACUAGUUUCUGGAUGGUCACGCUCGAGGACAGCGAUCAGUUCCAGCGGCCCGAACAACAAACCAUCAAGGCCGGCAAUCUGUUGACCCGUGUCUCCAGAUGUCAAGUCUGUGUGAAGAACUCCUCAUAAGCGGAUCACGCCACAUGCAAUAAUUUUAAUCUAAAUGUAAUGCCUUAACUAUACCAACGAAACAACAUACACACACAACGACAUACGCACAAAACAAACACAUACACAAGAACAACAAACACUGCUACCAAAUUCCUUAAACUAACCAAAAGUUAAGCAAGAAAACAACAAAAGCUCCGCUCCGAUCCAAGCGGAGCUCGAUGCCAUUUUUGUAUCUGCCAUUUUUUAUCGUUUGCCAAACAAUGUUCUAAACAAAUGUAAACUGCUUCUUAGUUACGUGUAAGUUAAGUAAAUCAAGAAAUAAUAAACUAGCCUGGUAAUAUGUACAACAAAACAGGGUUAAUGAAACAUCUCGAUCAUGACAGUAUGUCUACAUGUAAUCUUCGAAUUUAGCCAGCAUCACGCAUGUGUAUCCCAGAAGAAUCUAGAAUCAAGAAUUAUUUUCCCAGUGCUAUACUGAAUACACACAGAUUUUGAAAAUUGUUUAUGUUUAUAAAAGAAAAAAAAAUGGUAAAAAUAAAUAAACUUUUAUAAAUAUGUUAA